AUGUGUCUUACAUAUGGUUUCUUGCUAGAUGUUGUCAAGGUGAAUUACCCAGAUAUAAAACUGAUGCACACUUUAGAAGUGUACAUAAAUAAUAAAUAUGGUAUUCUUCCACUUUUCCAGAAAGAUGCAACUGUGUGGCGGAAGCCAUCAGAAGAAUUCAGUGGAUACCUCUACAAAGCUCAAGGAGUUGUGGAAGACAUUACCAACAGAGUAGUAGAUCAUAUUCGUCCUGGACCUUAUAGACUAGAUUGGGACAGCUUAAUGACUACAAUGGACAUUGUUGAAAAGUUUGAAGAGAAUUGCUGUGUAAUGUGCUACACCACUGCUGGCCAGCUGUGGAACAUCAUUUCCCCAAGAGAGUUUGUUGACUUCUCUUACACAACUCCGUAUGAAGAGGGGCUUCUAACAUGUGGAAUAAGUCUAGACUAUGGAGAGGUGAGACCUAAUUUUGUCCGUGGAUUUAAUCACCCCUGUGGCUGGUUCUGUGUCCCGCUUAAGGAUCGUCCUGACCAAAGUCUUUUGACGGGCUUCAUCCAGACUGAACUGCGAGGGAUGCUUCCUCAGUCUGCAGUAGAUACUGCUAUGGCUAGUACCCUGGCAAACUUUUACUCUGACCUCAGAAAGGCACUGAAAACAUAAUCAACUAUUGACCUAGAUUUCCAUACAUGUCUUGCAAUCAUCUGUUCCUCCUUCCUGUAUUGUAUCAAAGCUUUGAUUAGGUUAGCAGGUGCUGCCUAGGGGGUAUGCAUACAUCCCUGGCUUAACAUGUGGGUUUGUGUUCCUUGCUGAGCUCUGAAAACGUAUAAUGUACAGACUGAACAUACAAAAUCAUCUGCUUCCAAGGAACAUAGCUCAGAAUUGGGGCUCAACCCUGGUAAAUAUCAAGUUAACUCAACUCUCACUGAAAUAAGGGGAGUGGAGGAGUACUCAUUACUUUGCAUGUUCAGACCAGCUGUGCUGCCAGCAUCUUAUUGAAAAUAGAAUUUUAUAGUGUAUACCUUUUUAUUUUUAAGGAGCUCCUUUAAAAGUUUGAGAAAGAUAUAGUCUGUAUGUGCAUGUUUCUAUUUUUUAUACAUUUUAGUUUAAUCCAAAAUGAGAUUUUAACAGUCUGUAUUAAGUCUCAGAGUGGAAUUCCCCAAAGGGAUAUUAAA